AUGGAGUCAUACACAAAACCAAGACCAUCUCUCACGCUUUCCUCAUCAGCCAUGGACCUUGACACAGAUCGAAGAACGCCAUCGCCAGUACCCUCACUAGGCUAUGAUGCUCUCAACACACCCACAGCGGAGAUGCUCACGCCGCCAGCUUUUGCUUCAACGUUCUCGCUGCCCAUGAAUGCCACCAAGAACUUGUCCCUCGGUGCCUCUGCUUCUCCAAGAAUCGCAAACGACAACGACUUGCUGCCUUCUUCGCUGCCUCAGACCGAAACAUGUGGAAGCGAGAGACCAGAUAUGUCUUGCAUGGGAGGAACUGCCGACUUUCUCCUCCUGUACUGCUUCGAUUUAGACAGAGCGGUAAACUUUUACUCGCGUUGCUUCGGCUGGAAGUUCUUUGGAGACGUGAACGCCCAGCAGUCUGAUGACCCAUAUAUGAGGCAGUGGGGAUCUUCACACUUUGACGUACAGCCCAUGAAUUUCUUCAACUCAAGCCAGAGCGGAGGAUCUCGCAUCACAGGAGCCUUGAUGCAAGUGAGAGUCACGGGAGACAGCCGUGCUCAGCUCGAGUACAAGCGACAGAUAGCCAUGGCGCGCGGUGUGACACCAGCAUGCCACAUCCGAGUGGCUGAUCUUAGUAUUGCCGAGACGUUGAUCGAAAACAACUACGGCGAGAUCAAGCAGUUGCGAUACGGCGUUCGACAGUGCAUCAUGGAUAUUGGAGAGUUCGUUGACCCUGAGGGGAACUUGAUCGGACUGGUAUCUCUUCACCCGGAGAAUGCUACUACUGCUAUGCAAUGUGGAUUAUUAUCGAGUUGA